AAUACAUGCACACACACAACACAGACUCCAUGAGCCAUAAAUUACGUGCUGUGAAAAUGAAUUAAAGUAAAUAUUGAAUUUGAUUUUGCACAAAAUCUUUUCCAAAUGCAUCCGAAUAAUAUGAAAAUUAUUUUUAAAACAAUACGACAUCGCACACAAAAUUAGUUACGAGCAAAAAUUUCGUUUCUAACCUCAAAAACUACGAUUUAUUUCGUAAACAAAUGAAAAUAUGAACAAUACCAUUGGAUUGGAUUAUUUGCAAGAGGCAAUCAUCUUGGGCAUUGAUGUAAUCAUAUUUGGACUGUGCCUCAAAGGCUACCACAGCCACAAAAAUACGAUCAAAGCAUUGAAGGAUGCACCUCAAUUGAACAUUGAUAAAGACCUCAGUAGCUAUGUUGGAUCACACCAGGAUAAAAAAAUUCCGUAUGCCAUUGUUCGUGGCACCGUCCAACCGAUUGGAACGCCAUUGCUUAGCAUUAUGUCACCAUCGGUUACUGGCGUACUUCAAGUUAUCAAAGUCAAUGAACAUCGGAUAACCAGGGGGUUUGCUGGAUUUUGGACGGAAAAUCGAAAACUCUUCCAUAUAUCAUCCAGCGAAGUGCCAUUUAAAUUGACCAACAAAGACGUUGGCAUCGAAAUUAUCGAUCCAUUAUCAGCUGACAUUUUAGAUUUGGACAUCAUUCAUGAUAGCUAUGAACCAUCGUCGUUGUCAUUUUUCGAUCAUAUAUUUGGUUUCUUCUCGGGCAUUCGACAACGUGGACUGCAAACAACAGAAGAAAUUCUUCGAGAUGGCAGUUUCAUAACGGCUGUCGGUGAAUUGGAACUCGAUGGAAAUAAUUUAAAAUUACAAGAAUCGAAUAUUGGACCAAUGUUCUUGACAACAGCAACAAAAAGUUCAUUAAUUCGCCGCUUCGAACAGGCCAAAAAUGGAAUGUUAUCAAAAGUUAUCAUAUGCGGAACGAUUGCUGGCAUUCUGACCGCUAUAAUUAUCAGAAAAAUCUAUUUACGUAAGAAACAAGAACGAAUUGAACGAAAAUUGAAGGAAUCGUUGGAGAAAUCACGCCGUGAACGAAGACAACAAUCACGACCCCGACCAGUUGAAUUGAGAGAUGACGAGAAAUGCGUUGUUUGCGUUGAAAAUCCAAAAGAAGUAAUUUGUUUGCCAUGCGGACAUGUAUGCCUUUGUGAAGAUUGUUCGGCGAAGAUAAAAAUCAGUUGUCCAGUGUGCCGAGCUAAAAUUGAUAAUAAAUCGGCUGCAUUUAUUUCGUGAAUUUGUAGAUACCUUCCCUUAGUUGAAAUGUCAUAACGAAAAAAAUGUCUCAAAUGAAUUUGUUUUGGAAAAAGUGAUUAAAAACUAAAGGUCACAGUUACCAUAUUUUGAAGUAGUAAUGUAAAUCCGGUAGAAGUACAUGGUUUUUAUGAAUAACCUAUUUGCUUUUGAGCAUUAUCGCAA